AUGGCUUGUGCCUCAUUCUUCCGGAGAACUGUUUCUUUCGGAAUCCGAUUUCUGUGCAAGUCUAAUAAUGAUUGCGUUAUUUCUCCAGACAUCAAAUUCAUCUGUCGAUCAUGUCGAUACAAUAACUGUAUCAAAGCAGGAAUGAAAAGAGAUCAAGUCCAACAGAAAAAAGACGAACAAAAGAUGCCGAAAUACAUAUUGGAAUCAAGGAAACUUGGUGUUCAGGAGAUUGUUCGAGGAUACACCACCACGAGAAACUCUGGUAGUGUCGCCUCGUCAGGCUCCGGAAGUCCCACGAAUUCCUCUCGAUCUGUUUCUCCUGAUUAUCCAGCUGGUCCUUCUUCUGAAGUGCCUUCUGACUAUUCAACUCAAGACACCCUUGAUGACUCUGAAUUCAGUUCAAUACUGAAUGCGAAAUAUGAUGAAUUGCUGCAGUAUUAUGUGAAACAAAUUGAGAGAGCCACUGUGAAAAGGCAAUGCCAAUUACCCGAGGACCCUUACCAACAGUUCUUAAUCUCCAAAAAAAUCAACGAUCAACUAGCCCUUGAAAUCUGUCAAACCUGUCCUGGAACAGAUCUUCUUGAAAGAACUGAUCUGGAAGUCCUCUUUCGUUAUUGCUCUUUUUCGAGUCUGUGGAUGGAUUCAGCAUGGAUUACUGUAGCUACCAGUAGCAACAUGAGUGGCGGAGAUACGGAUACUACAAAAUCGCAGUUUACGGAAUACGAAAAUGGAAAUGAUCAAACAAGAGAAGAUGAUACCAAUAUGUCAACAAUUCUCGUCAAAUUCAUUCUUCAUUUUCACUCCAACAUCACUUCUGAAUUGUCACGUCUUCAAUUGGACGUCUUCGAGUAUGCCGCCUUGAAGUCAUUCUGUAUAUGGAAACUGGCUCUUCUCGAUUCAACUCUCACGUUGAAAAUUGUCGCCCAGGAACAGUAUUCAGGAGUGACAAGUGCACUGAGCAAGUAUUAUCAGUACGAUAAGAACAUGGAUCCCAGUGACGUGGCUACACGACUCGGUGACAUUACUCUCAUUCUGGGUUCCAUUUUUAAUGUCUACCAAGACAUGCUCCAAAUGUAUGGAAUCCUUGGUAUCGAUCUCUCAUUUGACGGUUAA